UUCUUUCAGUUCAAGCGACCCACGACGUCAUUUCUGGCAAGAAAACAAAAGAGAGAGAAAAAAAAAGAGCUAAAUAACGGAAAAGGAUACCAGAGAAAGAAAGAGUGGAAGGGAGAAGGAUGGAGACAGAGACAUACCACCUUCUCCGGUGACUCUCACGAAGGAGGCAGAGUUUCUCACGUACGGCCGGGCCGGAUGAGUGUUUUCUUCAAGAGAGAAAAAAACAGAAGCGACAAAUCAACAAAAAGGGCACAACCAAGAAUUGAAAGAGGCAAGCACCAUGAACAACAAACGUCGGUAAACAAACAUUAAUGGGUCCAUAGGGAAAGAAAACGAGGAGGCCAUGGAAGCCUUCCAAACUUGAAUUUCUUUGGAAUUGAGUGGGUGAUUUUGUUGUCGAUUCCAGUAUUUGCUCAUUCAAUCCAACGGGAAGCUCCAAGAGUGUGUGACUCCUAUUUAUAUAUAUCAAACACUGGAGGAUAAUCAAGUUUGAAGAUUUUUAAGGUUAAAGAGAAUCAAAUGGGUGUGUGUAAUGAAGAAAAAUGGAUAGAGCAUUAUAGCAACUCUCAUAAAAUACUGCUUGUGGGUGAGGGGAAUUUCUCUUUUGCUGUAUGCUUAGCAAAAACAUUUGGCACUGCUGAGAACAUGAUUGCCACCUCUUUUGAUUCCAAAGAGUUAUUGACGAAGGCGUAUACGAAUGCAAAUACCAAUUUGAAAGAACUGAAGAAGCGGAGAUGCACUGUUUUACAUCAUGUCGAUGCCCAUACUAUGCACCGACACCCUCACCUUCGUUCGAAAUUGUUCGACAGGAUAGUCUUCAAUUUUCCUCAUGCUGGUUUCAUUUGGCCGGAAUGUUGGAAGCCCCAAAUAGAACUUCACCGGAAGUUGGUUAGGGGUUUCUUGAGUAAUGCAAAUCACAUGUUGACAGAGAAUGGAGAAGUUCACAUUACCCACAAGACAACUCACCCUUUCAGUAAGUGGGAGAUAGUGGAGUUGGCAGAGGAGAUUGGGCUGUGUUUGGUUGAGAAAGUGCCAUUUGCAAGAUGGUACUAUCCAGGUUACGUUAAUAAGAGAGGAUCUGGGGCUGAAAUCAACCAGACAUUCCAUCUAGGAGAAUGCAGUACUUUCAAAUUCGCCAGUAACAUAUUAUUUCAUAACACCUUGAUUGAUGGUAUGUGUAAUGCUGGAAAACUUACCAUUGCAAGAGAAAUGUUUAAUAGUCUUCCUACGAAAGGCUUGCAACCUAAUUAUCGGACUUACAAUAUAAUGAUCAAUGGGUUUUGCAAAGAGGGACUACUGAACGAGGCGAGGGAGUUAUUUGAGAAAAUGAACAAGAACGGUUGUUCACCUGACCAUUUCACAUAUAACAUAAUCAUCCAAAGCUUCUUGCAACAUAAUGAGACAUCAUGGGUAGUGAAAUAUUUCCAAAUGAUGGUUGACAAGGGUUUCUCUGCAAAUGUGACCACUAACACCAUUUGGACCAACUUGUUCUCCGCUAAAAAGGCUGAACAAGCUGCAAGAGAUUGGAAGAGUAAACAAGACAAGUAUGCAGAAAUGCAGUGGAAGAAAGAUGAGGAGCUUGAGGCAAAGGAACGUAUGCUGGCUGAACAAGUUACAAGAGAUUGGCAAAGUAAACAAGAUAAGUAUGCAGAAAUGCAGAGGAAGAGUGAGGAGCGUGAGGCAAAUGAGCGUAUGAUGGUUGAACAAGCUGCAAAAGAUUGGCAGAGUAAACAUGACAAGUAUUUAGAAAUGCAGAGGAGAAAGGAUGAGGAGCGUGAGGCAAAUGAGUGUAUGCUGGCUGAACAAGCUGCAAGAGAUUGGCAGAGUAAACAUGUACAAGACAAGUAUGCAGAAAUGCGGAGGAGGAAGGAUGAAGAGCAUGAGGCAAAGGAGCGUAUGCUGAAGGAAGAAGCAUUAAAGACUCGGACAACUAGGGAGGAGAAAGCUGCUGCAUUAGAGCUUGAGAAGAGGAAGGGAGGUUUUGUGGAGUACAUAAAGCCACAAGGCUCAAUCCAUUUGCCUCAAGAUGAAGAUGAACUACGGCCAUGUAAUCGAAGAUCAAAGCAGGCAAUGAAUUUUGUCAUUGUUGUGUCAGCUUUUUGUGCUGUUAUUUUUACUUAAGAAAUGUUAGAGGUAAACUGAUGUGUAGCUCAUUUAUUAGAGAAAAACAAAAUAAUUAACUAUCAAAGGUUUAUUAAACUGAUGUGUAGCUCAUUUAUUAGAGAAAAACAAAAUAAUUAACUAAGAAAAAUGUAACGAGUACCAAUGAAUAAGCUACAUAUCAUGUUAGUAAGCAUUCAAUACCCAUACUAUUUCUCCUUUCUUUUACUUCUUAUAAAUUAUCUUGAGUAAUAUUU